AUGGCAACCGUGAACGUUUCAUCUGAACCAGCUGAAGAGUGCGAUGUUAAAAACCAGGCACUUUACAUGUUCUACGCAGCUGCCAUGAUUGUGAUCUUCAUCCUGGCUUUGCCUUUGAACGCAUCGGUGCUCCAUCUCUUCGUAUUCAAGCUCAAGUUCUGGAAGUCCAACACCAACAACGUCUUCCUCUUCAACCUGGUGCUGGCAGACGUUCUUCUACUCUUCUGUUUGCCCAUCAAGGCCCGUGACUUCAUCACAGGAGAGAGGAGGAGCAGCAACGACGCCCUCUGUAAAGCCAUGCUCUUCGUGCUGUUUUUAAACCGCGGCGCCAGCAUCGCCUUCCUCACGGUGACUACCAUCGACAGAUAUUUUAAGGUGGUCCACCCCGGUCAGAAUGCUGCCCUGAAGGUGCUCAAGAAGUCCCGACAUAUCUCCAUCAUCAUCUGGCUGUUACUUCUGCCGCUCACCAUCCCCACCAUGCUCAAGACCUUCGAGUGCUGCAACAGCCACAAGACCGAUGGAGAGAAUGAUACUUUGGUUGAGGAUGCGGUGGAGAGCAUGAGAGAGGUGGUUUUCUUCAGCCAGAUCCUCAUCCCUUUCAUCAUCCUGGCGUACUGCACGGUGCGCAUCAUCAACCGGCUCAGGAGGAAAACCAUCGGGGUCCGGACCAAACUGAGGAGAGCCGUUUUCCUGGUGACCAUCGUCAUGGUGGUCUUCUCCCUCUGCUUCCUGCCCUGCACCGUAGCCAGGAUGGUCCUGCUGAUCGUCCGGCUCCGGUUGUUUGAUGAAGCCGUCCAGGAGAACGCAGCCGUGGUCUUUGACGGCCUCAUGAUCCUCUCCUACAUCGACUGUCUGCUGGAUCCGCUGGUUUACUGUUUCUGCAGCAGCAAGUUUAAGGCACUUUAUCUCUCCACUUACUGCUCUUGCUUCCUGAAAAGAUGCCCAGUGCAGACAAACAGCUCUUUGGGAAAUCCAACGCAACCUGAACGCAACAAAGUCAUUUAAAAAGUAAUUUAAUGAAGUCACUGCUGCUGAGCCGACACAACGGACUGAUGCUCCUCGAU